GAUUUUAGUCACAAAUCGUUUGACUGCAGCACAAGCAAGAACACGCUGAACCAAACUUGGAAUAUCUUCACUAUAUUUGUGAUACACUAGUAUUAAUCAGAAAUCAUGAAGGCUGUUACACAAGGAAUUACCAGAGCUACUGAUUUUGGACUUAAGAGCGACAUUUUCCGCAUCUCAAAGGCGAACAUGAACGACGGAGAAAUGGCAGCUUGUUUUCUGAAGCUAAAAGAACUUGUGCCAUCCAUCCCACACGACAAAAAGAUCUCCAAGACACAGUUACUCCAGCAUGUGAUUGACUACAUCUACGACUUGGAAUUGUCCUUGGAGGUCCAGCCCGUGGUUUUCACUCAGACUCCACGGGAGCCACUUUCCGAGAAAAGCAUUCCAAACACCUUUGAGUCCGAGCUUAUGGAUUCCUGUGACGCCGAGUUGGAACGCCCAGUUUCCAAGUGAGCCAUCUGUGCCUAGAACCCACUGUGCGGUUUUAAUUAUGGUUGUUGUCCAGUGACCAAAAGCCAGGGUUAACCCGAACGCUAUUCGGCAUCUCAGGGUCGCAUUCGAUGGGCGAAUCGUUACGUUACGGACACUACACGCGUCAAAGACAGUUCCGUUACGUUUGGGUUGCGUCUCGUCGCUCACGUUACGCGAAAGAGUAACAUUCGUUGUACAUCUGUUGUCCAGAGGGGACAUUUUACCAGACAUUUUGUGGGCGUUUUAGUUUGAUUAAUGUUCAGUUUUCACAGUUUUUUGAGUUUUGUAUUUUGUAAUAUACGUUACGCCAAGAAAUAACUGCUUUCUUAUCAUGUAUAACAACUACUAAGCUUUGCCCUUAAGAGUGACUAAGGCUGUUUUUAUGUAUAUUGCUUUGAUCUAGAAACAGUUUCACAUGAUAUAGAAGAAAAUAACGGAAAAAAGAACGUUCAUUCUAAAACCAUUUGUCACAGAAUCUUGAUACGCGGGAUCGUAGAUAGACCAUAAUGACUUGGGUGUUGACCACCAAUGUCUAAAAAGGCACGGAGAAAUUCACACAUGUAACUGUUCUCCUUUAUAUAGUGCAUGUUAACAGUUUAUAGUUUAUUUUUGUUGAUUUCAUUUUACAAAGUUUUAUAAUAAAAGAAGAAAAAAUGUA